AUGGCUGUUGUAUCUCUGAUGGCUGGACAGGCCAUGGGUGGACCAAUGGGCUCGUCUUCUUCUGGAUACUACACCACGACGUAUGCUGCGCCCAGCUACUACAGCACAAAGGCUCCAGAAUACUCCACAACAAAAAAAGCUGAGUAUUAUACAACAACGUAUGCUGCACCCAGCUACUACACCGAGCCUCCCAAGUAUUACACAACUAAAUCAGGGGAAUACUACACUAUAGCCUUUCAUUACACAACUACGUAUGCUGCUCCAACGUACUACACAACGACAUACGCUACACCGAGCUACUAUACUGAAGCUUCCCAUACAUAUUAUGCUGACCCCAGCUGCGCUACCACUACAGUUGCCUACUAUACGACAACAGAAGCAGCCAAAUAUUAUGUAGCUCCAACUUACUACACUGAGGCUGCCCCGUCUUACUACGCUGAGACGACAUACUACGCUGAUGUUCCGAAGCCAUACGCUGCCCCAAGUUACUGCAUCACGGCUGCUCCUUCGUACUACGUGGAACAUACUUACUACACUGCAACUUAUGCUGCCCCGUCUUGUUACACCACAAAGGGUGCUGAAUACUACACUACUACGUACGCUGCCCCAACUUACUACACAGAGGGCCCCAUGUACUACAAGACGGAGGCUCCACAAUACUACACUACAAAAGCUCUUGAAUACACAAUAACCUAUGCUGCAUCACACUACUAUGCAGUAGCCCCGAGGUACUACACCACCACUUACGCCGCUCCUUCUUAUUACACUGAGGCUCCGCAGUACUACACUAAUAAGGCUUUCGGGUACACAACAACGUAUGCUUCGCCAGGCUACUAUACCGAGCCCACCAAGUACUAUUCCACUACUCAUGCUGCUCCGGUUUGCUACACCGAAGCUUCCCAAUACUACAGCACAAAGACCGCUGAAUACUACACUACUGCUGCAUAA